AUGUUUCCAAGCAGACCACCUGGGCCCUCUGGGCCGGGGGGUUCAUGCAAGUUUACUGUAGUAGAAACUUGCGAUAGAAUAAAAGAAGAGUUCACUUGUAUACAACAACAAAAUCACUCGCUGCAGCUGGAAAGAGAAAAGCUUCUUAGUGAGAGGUCAGACAUGCAACGGAUUUGUGUAAUGUAUUAUGAGAUGGCUAAUGGUUUAAACCUAGAAAUGCACAGACAAAUGGAAAUAGCUAAAAGAUUAAGCGCUAUUUUGACCCAAGUAUUGCCAUUCCUAUCACAAGAGCACCAAUCUCAAGUUCUUUCAGCUAUCGAAAGAGCCAAACAAGUGACAAUGCAGGAAUUAAACUCAGUAUUGGCAGCACAAAUAGAAGAUGUCAAGUCGUCGAAGUUCUUCAACGGAAAUAAUAUGGGGCUCCCAUUAGAACAGUUCGAAGCAUACAAGCAGCUCUCUGUUAUUGGGGGUGCCAAUCCAGGCGUUUCAGGUUUACAUGCUUCUAAUUUGGCUUCUAACCAUUCUGCGGGCAGUACAUCGUCCAGCACCCCUGGAUCUCUCCAGUCAGGGUCAGCUAACGCACAGACGUCCAGUCUGCUUCCAUCUCUUUCUCCAUCUGGUAAUCCGUCAGUUUCAGCGGCACUGUUGAAUGGCUUGAUGUCAGCAGCCGGCGCAGCAUCUGUUGGGCCGGGAGCCCUUAUGCUACAGUCUUCUGGUUCAAGGAUAUCUCCACUUGGACGUGAAGCCGAAAAGUUAAUGAGUAAUGAAGAUAAACAACGCGCUGCUGCUGCUGCCGCCGCUGCUGCAGCAGCAGGUAGUUUCCUGUUAUCCAACCGCUCGUCUGGUAACGGCCCGUGUUUAGUCCCUCCACCGCCAAAUCCAAUCACUGGUUUGUUAGGUGGUUGUGGUGAGUUUCCUGGCUUUCCAGGCACAUUCCCGAUUAGUGCGGGUCUAGGAGGUGGCGAUAUUGGGAGGUCCCCUUCAUCUCUUCCACCAAUCUCUCAGCAGCCGUGUCGCGGUUCAUCCACGGAUGAUGCUGGGGGUCGAUCAAGCAACUCAGGUGGUAUUCAAUUAGGAUCUAAUUUUGCUGGCCUUCCUCAUUCGAGUUUAUCUGCACUGACCAAUCCCCUAUUACUUCCUCCACCUAUGACUCCUACACCCGGUGGAAAUCUGGGUCUCAGCAGCUCAACCCCAACAAGUGCUUCAGUUAUGGAUGAAAAAAGACGCAAACUUAACGAGCCUAAGGAGGGUGGGCACGAAAAUGGCAAUUGGAGGAUGAAUGACGAUAUGCGCACUAUCCCAGAGAGAGGUUCAAAUCUUGGGGGUACUGGUCGUCGAAGCGGAAGCAGUCGUCAGCCUCUCAAUCUUAGUCCGCAGCUUAGCUCCGGUCACAACACUACCUAUCCAACUACUUCAAGUGCACCUGCAGUCGGCACUGCCAACGCGAAUUCUGGACGUCCAUCUCAGGCGUCCGAGGUCCCAGCUUCAACCCGGUGGAAACAAUCAUCUAAAAAUGUUCAGUCUGGUCCCGGUGCUUAUUCAUUCAUAGUGUUGCCUAAUGGACAAACUCGACCGUGUGCAUUGGCGUCCGCUCCCGGAGCGACUACUGCCCAGGGAUUGCCUCGUCGACUUCAACACCUUGCUAGUUUACCUCAUGGUGACGUCGUUUGUGCUGUCACUUUAGGUCCAUGUCCAGUAGGACGUGCUUCUUCAUUGGCCUCAGCUGAUACCUGUAUUGGAUCUCGUAAUGCUGGAAGUGACACUGAUAGUGUUACAGUUGGUUCUCCAGGUUCAAAUCACACCACUUCUAUCCCCGCUCAUUUUGCCUAUACUGGUGCUCGAGGCAGCGUCAAGUUAUGGGAUCUUGCAUCGAUUAGUGCUAACUCUGGAAGUACCCCACUUGCUAAUAGAGAUAUUACUCCCCUUGCUACUUUUGACUGUUUAUGCUACGACAGCUAUGUUAGAUCUAUCAAACUUUUCCCGGAUGUUUCUGGUCUUAUAGUUGGUGGUGAAUCUAACGCACUCACUGUUUGGGAUUUAAAUGGUCCAGGACGACGUAAAGCUGAAUUGACAUUUGAAGCGCCUGCUUGCUAUGCACUUGCACUUUCGCUUGAUGGAAAACUGGCCUAUAGUUGCUGCUCCGAUGGCCAAGUUGCUGUUUGGGAUAUACAUAAUCAAAGUAUUGUUCACCAGUUUCAUGGACAUGUUGAUGGGACAUCAUGUGUUGAAAUUACUGGAGAUGGAAAUCGUUUGUGGACAGGUGGUUUAGAUCAUAAAGUCCGUUGCUGGGAUAUUCGUGGAAAUCCUUCACGAGACGUCUGUCACAUUGAAUUCAAGUCCCAAGUGUUUUCACUUGGCUUAUCUUCACAUAUGGCCCCAACUCGGCGCCAAGCUGAAUCAGUCUCUCCAGUUUCGGUUGACGGAGAGUCUACCUCUAGUGGUGGUGCUGGUGCCGGAGGAGGUACUCGCGACACAGUUAGUCCACAGUCGUUCGUCAGUGGAAGCAAUAAGUCACUAUCAAUUGAAAGCUGGUUAGCGGUGGGUUUGGAGUCAUCUGAGGUUGAAGUUCUAGCUAUAGGACCAGAUGGACCACCUGUUUCAGCAUUUUCUGUUAAUUAUAAUGUACCACGUGAAGAAUCUGGAAGUGGGAGUGGUAAUCCUUCCCCAAUAUCCCAUCAUACUGGAUCUAAUCAACCUCAACAUUUUCGUCUUACUCAUCAUGAAAGUUGUGUGUUAGCUUUAAGGUUUGCACAUCAUGCUGACUGGUUCCUUACAACAGGUAAAGAUCAUCAAGUUAAUGCUUGGCGAACUCCAUAUGGUGCCUGUCUUCUUGAAACGAAAGAAGCGGCGUCAGUUCUAACAUGCGACAUAUCCUUAGAUGAUAAAUUUGUGGUUACCGGUUCCGGAGAUAAGCGUGCAAAUUUGUAUGAGGUUAUCUUCACUUCUCAACGAUAA